GGGGAACGGCCGCCUCUUGUCUGGUUCUGCCUGGAUCUGUUUACUUGGUCUCGGCGGCGGGAGGAGGCGGAGCGGAGCCGAGGAGAAGGAACAGCGGCUCGGCCGGCCGCGGAAGGGACUCCCCAGCGCUCCAGCGGCUCUCCCCCGCCGCCCACCCUCCGCCCCCGUGACACGGCCCCUCGCCGCCCUCUGCGCCUCGCUCUCCCGCUCUCCCGCUCUCGCUCUCUCCGGCGCGCUCGAGGCCCAGCCGCGGGGAGGAGGAAGAGCAGCAGCAGCAGCCCUGGCCAUGAAGACGGAGAUCUCCACGGCGGCGGGCUUCAUCACCCGCCUCCUCCGGACGCCCGGCGGCAUCGACGACGAGGAGCUGCGCUGCUUCAGCGAGUCCCUCCAGGAGGCGCUGCGAGACCAUUAUAAGCACCACUGGUUUCCCCUGAUGCCCUCCAAAGGCUCAGGGUACCGCUGCAUCCGCAUCAAUCACAAGAUGGACCCCUUGAUAGGCAAAGCGGCGUGCAUGAUCGGACUCAGCCAUGAGAGACUUUUCCAACUCCUGCCCAGUGAAUUAACUCUUUGGGUCGACCCCUUUGAAGUGUCCUAUCGCAUCGGGGAGGAUGGAUCCAUCUGUGUCCUCUAUGAAGGCCCGCAGCAACAACCGGGAGCGAAGAACACUAUAGCCCUGGAGAGCAGGAGCAGUUGUAAAGAAGAGUGGAGAAUUGGGCGAGCCAGCCCUUCCAAGAGCUACAACAUGAUGACCGUGUCCAGUUAAAAAAAAAAACACAAUUCACAGGCCCUGUACAAUGAUGUAUGUAUGUAUCCCACUUUGAUAAUGAAGUUAGAUGAUGUAAUUGAUAUGCCGAUUUUCACCCCAUAGUCAUUAAAGUUGUAGUAGUACUGCCAAAUCCUUUGUUUUGUGGCCAAGGGCUAGUGUAUAAAAACAAAAGUUCUUUAACUGUGUACUUUUUUCUGGAUUGUAUACUGUAAAUGAAAUUGUACAGUCAAGACGAUUGUUUUACAGAUUUCUAUUUUGGAAACAGAAACCUUGGCUAUUUGUAAUAAAAAAAGGAAUUAACUUAAA